AUGGUCAUUCCAGGACCAAAUGAACUGACACUCGACCAGCUUAACAAGAUAAUGGACAGGUUCAUGAGUGAAAUGAUACAACUAUAUUCCAGACAUGAUUUUCGGGUACACGGACAUGAGAACAAGUUUCCCAUCCACUCUGUUCUCAACUCCGAGGUGUGUGAUUUACCUGCGAAUCGCAAGCUCGAGGGACUUGCAUCAUUCUCAUCAAAACUUUUUAUGUGCCCGCAGUACCCCUGGCGAUAUAUCCGAUAUGCAUUUCGAGCCCACUCAGCAGAAGAUGCAGACAAGCAAGAAAUCUUUGACCGUCAUGGAGUAUCAUGGUCCCCUCUCAAUAGACUCCCAGGUUGGCUUACAUCACUCAAUUCUGUUGUAGAAUUUAUGCACUGCAUUUACCUGUGCAUGGUCAGGCACGUCACAAAGAUAAUUAUCCUUCAAUUGGGAAUGCUCAGUCCAAUUCCACGUAACGACUGGUAUCCCCUUGAACAAAUUGAUGAGUUUUUCUCCCAAAUCAUAUGGCCAGUCUCAGUAGGACGAUUACCUCCAUCAGUUACUUCUUCCUCUUUGAAGGCUGAUCAAUGGCACCUUCACAUUAGCGUUCUUUUUGUUGGACUUUUUGUUUCAUGGGAGCGAUGUUUAGAGACUUUGUUAUCAGAAACUGAAAAUCCUACAGAUGAGCAGCUCGAUGAGAUCAACACUUCAACAAUGGAUAGAUCUAUUCGGCACCACUAUGAAACUGUCCUCACAUUCUCUACCACAAUCCAAAUCCUUUCAUCCUGCUCGAUUAGUCCAGAUGAGAUUGACUGUGGAUGUGCUGCUCUGUCAAGAGCAUGUCAAAACUGGGCCCAUAUGGGCUGUCAUAUGACACCCUACUUUCACUUCGCUCAGCACCUUCACUGUCAGCUUCUCCAAUUUGGACUGUGCUAUGCUACAUGGGCCUUUCCUUACGAAUGUAAUAAUGGUUUUCUUGGUAGGAUGAACCACAACAACCACAAGGGCGGUGAGCUUGAAUGUACCAUGAUGCAUAAAUGGUGGAAAUGGGUAUUGGUAUGUGAUCUCAUUGGCUGUUUCCUUUCAUCACAUUAUUUUCGCUGA